AUGCUCAAUUGGACAAUACCUAGUCUGUGUAUUAUUGUAGCUAAUUUGGCUCUUAUAUUUCGUAUCAUUCGACAAAAAUUACGUCUUAAUCGACCAAUUCGAUGGUGUCAACAACGUAAAAUGACUCUUCAACUCGUGCCUAUUUCUUUCCUCUAUGUUUUUUUCACAGCACCAAUUAUUGGAAUUACUUUUGUUCAAUAUGUUGGCAUCGGACAAUCGUAUCUAGUUGGUCAAAUCCAGUUAUAUAUUAUAUUUGCCGCUGAUUUUAUCUUUUUACUUCUACCGUUCGCAUAUUUCAUCUCAUUGUCUGAAGUGUCAGAAAAGCUUUGGAUUCGUUUACGAAGACGGCAACAUCGAGCUGAUACACCAAAGAGUUGUCGAACUUAUCAAGCACCUCUCUUAUAGAUGAAACAUUUCCAUUUGGUAAUUUAAUAGUUCUUACAUCCAAAGUAUCUAAAAAAAUUUACUUUUCUUUGAGCAAAGCUUGGGUAUGUGAGAAAAGAGCAAAUGAUUACUCCACAUCCCAUCCUCACAUUAAUUUCAGAUUUGUUUUUUAUUCGAAU